AUGGAUGAACUGAAGAAGAAGAGAAACAUCAGAGGAGGACAUAGAGCUUUUGCAACGCAGUUGAUCAGACAGAUUGAAGAUAGUCUGGAAGAUCAAUUGAAGUUGAAGCAGCUUGAGAUACAGCUAGAUGAGAAAUUUGAAGUCUUAGGAAAAUUGGAUGACGAAAUUUUGGGUCUUGUAAGCGAAAUUGAUGAAGAUGGUUUGGGAUGCUUGCAAGAAAUUUCUGAGGCUGGAGAGAUGAAGGAAAAAAUAAAUCUAGCGCUGCUCAAGUUGAAGAGUUUAGUGAAGAAUGAGAAGCAGUUGGAAUCGCAGAAGCCUAAUUUAACAAGACAUGGCUCAGAAGAAUCAGUUUAUUCUGUAGAAAGUUCAGCGUCGUCAGCAACUCGUAAAGUUCGUGCGAAGCUACCGAAGUUGGAACUGAAAAAAUUUAGUGGCCGCCCCCAAGAUUGGCAGGAGUUCUGGGAUAGUUAUAAAAGUGCGGUUUACGAAAACGAAGAGAUUUCAAAGAUUGACAAGUUUUCGUAUUUGAAGCACUAUUUGGAAGAGCCUGCCAAAAAAGUAAUUGCUGGACUUGCUUUGACUGAAAAAAAUUAUGACGUAGCUGUCGAUUUGCUUGAACAGAGAUUCGCGCGACCAACGACGAUAAAAAGGGCACAUAUCAACGAGCUUCUGAAUUUAGAUGCGGUUUUUAAUGAAAAGCAUGUUAAGAAGAUGCGAGAACUUUAUGAUACUAUUGAGACACACCAUCGUGGAUUGAAAGCCUUAGGGGUCGACGAAAUAUCAUACUCGAACAAAGUUGUACCUGUUUUAAUGGACAAGGUUCCAGAGGCUGUUCGCCUGAACAUGAUUCGAGGAAGUAAGAAUCACCAAGAAUGGGAUAUGGAAGAAAUGCUUGUGGCUUUUCGAGAAGAAUUGGAGAUUCGUGAACAGCAUGUUUCGAUUUCAAUGGCUUUGGGAAAUGGGACCGUUUCUGGUAGGACGUCACCAGAACGGCGAAGUGAGAUGAAACCGAGGUUUCCUGGUCGAACAACAACAGCGAGUGCGUUGUUUACGAAACAAGAUGGUGGAUUUGCGAGAAGAAAGUUCUGUGUAUUUUGUAAAGAAGAUCAUGAAGAAGCCGAUUGUCACAACGUCAGGAACAAGGAAGAAAGGAAGGAUCUUGUUUUCAAAUAUGGACGUUGUCUUUUGUGUUUAAAAAAGGGACACAGAGCUUAUCAGUGUCAUUCGAAGGAAAAAUGUAAGUUGUGUAACAAACGACACCAUGUUGCAAUUUGUAAUGUUGUUGGUAGCAAGCCUAGUGCUAACCAAGCUCGUGUCAAGACUGCUGAUACUACUGUUACCACUUCUUGUGUAAGUAAUAUAGAUUCUGGGGGGAGAGCAGUUUUGCAAACCGCCAAGGCCGUAGUUACAGGUAACAUAAGGGAUGUUAAGGCACGUGUUCUUUUUGACUCAGGUAGUCAGAGGAGUUUUGUAACACGAAGUAUGGUAGAAAAACUUGGUUUGAACCCCAUUAAGCAAGUGCGCUUAGGUAUAAAGACAUUUGGAUCUCAAAAUAUGGACGAGAAGAUAGGAGAUGUGGUCGAGUUAGAGUUGAAAGGAGUUGAAAGUGGAGGGAAAGUGAAAAUACAGGCCUUUGUUGUUAAUGAAGUUUCAGAAAUACGCAAUGAACAUGUUGAAAUAUUGAAGUAUGAUUAUAAGCAUCUUACUAACUUGUGGUUUUCAGAUGUUUGUAGGCACGAAGAUUCCCUUAUUAUAGACAUUUUAGUUGGAAGCGAUUGGCUUUGGACGCUUCAAGAUGGUCGUAUAAUACGAGGGGAGCCAGGAGAGCCUGUUGCCAUUCAUACUAAGAUUGGAUGGGUUGUGUCAGGGCCAAUAAAGGGUAAGUUAACUGAUUUGGCAGAAUCUUGUUCUUCAAAUUUGGUUGUAAAUGGUAAUGGUAUAACAGUUAAUUUGAUGCACCAGAAUAAGGAACAGGAAUUAGAACAAGACAUUAAAAAACUGUGGGAUCUUGAGACUUUAGGAAUUAAAAGGCAAGAUAAGGUGCAUGAAGAAUUUUUGGAUAAUAUAGAGUUUAAAGGAGAUAGAUACUUGGUUUGUUUGCCUUGGAAAAUGGGGCACAAGCCCCUUUCUACUAAUUAUACUCUUAGUCUCAACAGAUUGAAGGGGCAGUUGAAAAAGCUCAAGGAGAAGCCUGCAAUAAUGGAAACCUAUGAUGGGAUUAUAAAGCAACAAGAAAGGGAUAGAAUCAUUGAAGAGGUUACAAGUCUUGAGCCAAGUGAGAAGCUUAGUUAUCUGCCACGCCGUUACCAUGCCGAUGUACGAAAUGAUGCAGAAACAACAAAGGUAAGAAUAGUAUAUGAUGCCUCUGCAAAAGAUAGGAAGUCAGGUACCUCUCUAAAUGAGUGUUUACAUGUUGGACCACCAUUAAAUCCACUUUUGUUUGAUAUCAUGAUAAGAUUCAGAGAAAAUAAGAUUGCAAUAACAUCUGAUAUCGAAAAGGCAUUUUUGAAUAUUGAAGUGGAUAAAAAGGAUAGAGAUUGCUUGAGGUCCUUAUGGGUUGAUAGUUCUUGUGAUAGUGAACCAAACAUUAAAGUUUACCGCUUUAAUCGUGUUGUUUUCGGAGUAAAUAGUUCUCCUUUUUUGUUGAAUGCUGUUGUAAGACAUCAUUUAAGCACUUAUGAAACAGCUGAUCCAGAGUUCUCAGCAAAAUUGUCUAGAAGUUUCUAUGUAGAUGACCUAGUGUUAGGAUGUUAUGAUGUAGAAAGUGGUAAAGAACUCUACAAUAAGGCAAAGAAAAGAAUGUUAGAGGCAGGAUUUAACUUAAGGAAAUGGAAGAGUAAUGAUCCACAACUUGCUCAAUAUUUUAAGGUUAUGGAAGAAACUGGGAAACAUCCUGCAGAUGGAGGGGGUGAAUGUAGCUAUGUAAAGGAAAUGCUAGGGGAAGAAAUUUCAGACACUAAGAGUAAAGUUUUGGGAAUAACAUGGGAUAUGUUGAAGGAUAAUUUGGAAUUUGAGUUGACAAAAAUAGAGAGCAGUGUUCCAAAUUCACCUGUUACUAAGAGAACCAUAUUAAGCAUGAUUUCCAAACUUUUUGACCCUUUAGGACUUGUGAGUCCAAUUAUUGUAAGUGCAAAGGUUUUGUUUCAGGAAUUAUGCACCUUGAAGUUAGGAUGGGAUGAUGAAGUACCAGUAGAAAUGCUCAAUAAAUGGAAUAAAUUUGUAUGUGAUUUAAGUUCAGUGGGUGUUAUUUCCUUACCAAGAUGUUUAUAUGAAAAAAGUACAGAUAAGGUAAAUAAGUGUUAUUUACAUGGGUUUGCAGAUGCCAGGAAGAAGGCUUACUGUGCAAUGGUUUAUUUAGUAUACGAGACUGAUACUGGAAUGCAUUCAAGAUUGAUUUGUGCUAAGACAAGGGUUGCUCCGCUUAAGGAAUUAAGCAUUCCAAGGUUAGAACUUAUGUCAGGUCGUAUUUUAUCUACACUUAUGGAGACUGUGUAUAAUGCGUUAAGCCCACAAAUUAAAAUAGACGGUUGUAGGUACUGGUUAGACAGUAAGACAUCAUUAUACUGGAUAAAUAAUCAAGGUGAAUGGAGGCAAUUUGUACAACAUAGGGUCAAUGAGAUUCUGAAAAUUUCUAAAAAGGAAGACUGGGGACAUUGCAUUGGAGUUUGUAAUCCAGCAGAUUUGGGUUCUAGGGGAGUCUCUGCAACAGUUUUAAGAGAUAGCAGACUUUGGUGGGAAAGUCCUCAUUGGUUGUCCAUGGGGAAGGAAUAUUGGCCUAAAAGUUUCACUCUUGAGGAUUCACCAGAGAUUAUGGAGGAAAAAAGGAAAACUGUAAAUGUUACAGCAGUAAUAGAACAAAACAGACUAAGUGUGACUGAAAUAAUAGAGGUGGAUAAAUUUAGCUCUUUGAAGAAAUUAUUGAGGGUUACAGCAAGAGUGAUCCGUUUCGUCACUAACUUAAGGUCUGCAAGGGAAGGUAGGACAUUGAAAUUAGGGGAAUUAGACUCGGAGGAAGUUUCAAGGGCAGAAAGGAUUUGGAUUAAGGGCUCACAAAUUGACCUUAAGAAACAACCAGGGUAUAAUGAGAUUGCAUUGAAAUUGGGACUCUUCAAAGAAGAUGGCAUUUUAAAGUGCAAGGGUCGCUUGGAAAACUCAGAUUUAGCACUAGAAACUAAGUUUCCGAUUAUUCUACCGAAUAAUAAUUGGUUUACGCGUUUGGUUAUUGAGGAUUGCCAUGAAAGGGUAAUGCAUGAAGGUCUGAACGCAACGCUCACGGAAUAUAGGUCUAGAUUUUGGACAACAAAAGGAAGGCAGUAUGUAAAAAAGAUAUUGAGGGAUUGCAGAAAGUGCAAAAAGGUACAAGGUAAAUCGUACGGUGUACCAUCAGUCGCACCUUUACCUGAAUUUCGUGUCAAGGAAGUACCACCAUUUACCUACAUAGGUAUAGAUUUUUCUGGACCAUUGUUUUAUAAAAGCAAAAUAGGCAAGAUGGAAAAAUGCUAUAUUGCACUUUACACCUGUGCUACAUCAAGGGCAAUACAUCUUGACCUCGUUGAAGAUAUGUCAGGACUGACCUUUAUAAGGAGUCUUAGGCGUUUUACAUCUCGUCGUGGUACGCCUUCGUUGAUUAAUUCAGACAACGCUAAAACUUUCAAGUUUACUAAUAAGUUUCUAGAUAAGCUGGGAAAUAGUCGUGAAGUUUCAUCAUAUUUAGUUGAAAAGAAAAUAACAUGGCGUUUCAACUUGGAAAGAAGUCCCUGGUGGGGAGGUUAUUUUGAGAAAUUGGUCGGAAAUGUAAAGAGGUGUUUAAGAAAGGUGCUUGGAAAUGCCAAGCUAACAUUUGAUGAGUUGCAUACCGUGCUGUUAGAAGUUGAGGCGACACUUAAUUCGCGCCCCUUAACGUAUAUUUAUGAUGAAGUUGAAGUUUACCCACUUACUCCGUUUCAUCUUAUGUACGGUCAUAGAUUGUCGCAAUUAGCUGAUGAUUUAGAUAUCAACGAUUUAGAACUAGAGGAGAGUUCAUCAGCAUACUCUAAGCGAUUUUGCUAUUUAAUCAAAAAAUUAAGCCACUUUGCAGGACGCUGGAGAAGGGAAUAUUUAACAGAACUCAGGGAAUUUCAUAGAAAUAACAGGAAUGGAGAAAUAAUUGUGUCCGUCGGGGAUAUAGUAUUGGUGCAAGAGGAACACGUCAAAAGAACUUCAUGGAAAAUGGGGAAAAUCGUGGAACUUGUGCAAGGGAAAGACGGUGUUGUUCGGGGUGCAAAGGUAAAAGUAUGUGGUAGUGGUAAGUCAGAAAUUUUAUCUCGACCUUUGCAAAAACUUUUUCCUUUUGAACUUGCAAGAAUGAACGAAGCCGCAGGAAAAAGUACGGACAUCGAGAGGAAAGAGAACGAAGUACGGGAACAGAAUGCUUGUGAAUUUUCACCUAUUGUAAUUUGUCCUAAUCGCGUCGUAGAACCCCAGCGUAGGAAAUCUAAACGCACUGCAGGUCAGGAUUCGCAGUGGAAAACCCGUUUGAUGCUUGACUCUUAA